AUGGCAUCACGAGGUCGCUACGAGCUCCUUGACUCCGUAAGAUUCCGAAACUGUCGUCUUCCACUGUGGGUAUGACCAUGAAAACUAACAUGCGGCCCAAGGACGAACAGCGUCUCCCGGAAGGCAUGCAGCGCGUAGGCUACGAUGCAGACACACAGACAUACACAUACCGCGACUCGGACGGCUCCUACUGGGAAGGCGAGGAAGGCAACCGCUACGGCACUCUCCACAGGGCAGGAACCCGGUCCUCCCCAAACCAGCCUCCCAUCGGGCAACCUAUCUCCCAGAGGACAAUAGCUGAGGAUUGGAGGUACCUCGCCCCUUUCAUGGUCAUCGUGAUCGUGGUCCUACUUUCGCUCUUCCGGUUCUUGGAUUCCGCUUCGACACCAGCGCUGCCAACGUGCUCUUCGCCGGAUAUGGAAGCUUAUAGGAUCACCAAGGGCGAUACAUGCUGGGAUCUUGCACAAGUGCGAGGGACGACGGUUGAUGGAUUGAAGGUGGCGAAUCCCGGAUUGAACUGUGAUCGGUUAUUACCUGGCUAUGGGAUCUGUGUACCCGUUGAGAAGGAGGUUUCCAUUCCUGAAGAUGGCAACAAUGGAGGUAAUGGCCCGCCGCGCUUCCAAUGUUACCAAAUCACAUGCAAUAAAGCUGCUGGUGGCGACGAGGCCUGUGCGAAUGAAGGCUGUGGCGGCGGGUGCUCGGAGGGAGGAAAGUGUAUGUCAUGA